UGCGACAGUGUGAGUGAAGGAUCAUACGUGGUAUGUCUAAGGCAGAUAUGACCCCAGCGAGGCUGCAAAGGCAGUGGGAAGACAAGGAAGUUGACUCAACGAAUCAAGUGGCAGAAGGAUGCAAUCAUAGUGGCUAUUGAGAUCUCAUUUGUACUGCGGCCAGUAACACUUGCACGCCUUGCCGAAAAUGUGAGUAUUUGGAUUGGAUUUCACAAAGAAAGGAAACGUGUCGCUGGAAUAAAGUUAAUAUGAACAUUUCGAAUAGUCUGCAAUGGUAACCGGGGAAUGUGGAACGACCAUGCAUCGAAUUCUGCCGAGGAGAAAAGUGCGCCAACUUCGCUUCGUCUGGGCAUUCAUGGCCAUGGUGGCUCUGUCGGCCUCUGCCUGCAGCGCACUGUUUACGGCGUGGACCUGGAGACAGACGCAGGACCUGUCCCAGUCCUUAAAAACUCUGCAAGACCGAUUGGAGCAGGUGAAUACUCAGCGCAAGACCAUUGUCCAACUCAUCAUGGAGAAGAGAGAGUUGCUGGUGGGCCAAAGGGUGAAGAGAGAUGGGGGAACUGGGAAAGGGAAGAAUGGAAAUGGAAAGAAAGUGGCUUCUCAGUUUGAGAUAACCAAAGAGUCUGUUCAGAAAGUGGGAGAGGACGGCUUAAUAAAGGGAUGGACGGACUCUGAUCACUUGAAUAUGAGCAAGGCGGUGAAGUACAACGCAGAUAGAGGCACCUUCACAGUGGAGAGAACUGGAGUCUACUUCCUGUACUGUCAGGUGUUGUUCAAUGAGAACCAGUCUCAGCUGGUGAAGCUGGACGUGGCGGUGGUGAGGGGGAGCCAGCGGCUUCAGAGGUUACAGUGCAUGGAGGGCUACGGCACUACGCCUGCAGCCGGAUCACACCAGUUCCACUUCCUCAAACCUUGCCAGGUGUCCGGCCUGCUGCGGCUGGAGAAGGGGGUGGAGCUAAUAGCCAUCACAGGCCCCACUUUCAGCCUCCACAUCACGGGAAAGCACUACUUCGGUCUGUUUAAGGUCAACUGAGCUGCCGGAGAGGAUGGAAAUGUUAAAAGGAAGGAGGGGAAAACUGUUUAAAGGAAAAGUUUUGUCUUACUCCGACCUGUAUCAGAGACACACCAAUGUGAUAUUUCUGGAUUCGUUUUUAUUGUGAAAUCUGGACCAACGAUCUGAAUCGUUGGAAUAACUAUGAAUCAUGUUACCUACAGACACUCUGUAUGAUACCUUUUCAAAGACAGAAACUGCAAGGAAGACUUUAAAGGGAAACUAUAUUAUGCACUUCUAGACUCUCCUAGUUUCUACCCCUGCUUCUUUGAAGGAAAAACUCAUGGAAUGUUCUCUGGAUCAGUUGAUGGUGCUCUUCUGGAGCAAAACUCAUCCACCAGACUCUUCUUUCACCGUGACUUAGCCUGAGGACAGCAGGUGCAUGGUGCACCUCUCUGAGGAGCUAAGCUGGUGAACUACUGAAUGAGAAGGAUUCUGGAUAAUGAGCUGUACAACUCUGUCUCUUAUCCAUUGUAAUCCUUGCUUAUAUUAUCUCAGCAGCCUUGAAUUAAUAUUACAGUUUUUCUCAGUACAUGUCUUUCACACACAGGAACUUUAUAUA